AGUGACACAGCCAUGGACCUGGCAUCGAACCCCUCUGAGGACCCCCACGCCUCCGACAAUGACUCCGACGCAGAGAACAAGGUUGAUCCAGACACGCAGGCUCAGGAGUACAUCGACCGCGUCCUCGGCUCUGCUCAGCCCAGCCACAAGGCCCAGUGCGCACCUCCCGAGUCACUCUCCAUGGGGCCCGGGGCCCAGGCAUCGGAGCACAGGUCUCCUCUGGAGCUGAAGAAGUCUCCGGCAAGCGACAACGUGACCUCUGGGCUGUUAGCCCUCCCUCUGGAGCUGAUCCUGGAGAUCUGCUCUUACCUGGAAGCCAGGUUUGUUCUCGAGGUCUUGCCCUUGGUCUGUCGGACCCUCAGGGAUAUUGUGCAGGACCCAGUGACCUGGAGGAUUCGCCUUCAGAAGAGGAUCAGUGGGUGUUACCCGGUGGUGGAAGAGGAGGACUUCGACUGGCCGGCUGCCUGCAUGGAGCUAGAGGAGCAUCUCAGACACUGGGCCUGUGAUGGCAGGAGGACAGAGUACUUCUCCCUCGCCGACGGCCACUUCGCCUCCAUCGACUCCGUUCUGCUCUUGCAGGGCGGGGCUCUCUGUGUCUCGGGCUCCCGGGAUCGGAACGUCAACCUGUGGGAUCUGCGGGAGCUGGGCCAGUCCCCGGACAAGGUGCUGGUGAAAGCCCUGGGCACGGAACGCAACGGGACGCACAAGGGCUGGGUGUGGUCACUGGCUUCAAGAGACAACAAGGUGUGCUCAGGCUCCUGGGACAGCACGGUGAAGCUGUGGGACAUAGAGGCCAACGGGCAGCAGUUUGGGGAGAUCAGUGGGAAAGCUCCCGUGCUGUGUCUCUCCUACCUGCCCGACAUCCUGGUCACGGGGACCUACGACAAGAAGGUGACGGUGUACGACCCGCGAGCCGCCCAGGCCCCGCUGAAGAGCCGCAAGCUCCACUCCAGCGCCGUCCUGUCCCUCGUGGCCGACGAGCGCUUCAUCAUCUCAGGCAGCGAGGACCGGACGCUGGUCGUCUUCGACCGACGGGCCAACAGCGUCCUCCAGAGGCUGCAGCUGGACUCCUACCUGCUCUCCAUGUCCUACCAGGGAACGCAGCUGUGGGCCGGGGACAACCAGGGGCUGCUCUAUGUCUUUGAAAACCGAGGAGGCUGCUUCCAGCACAUCCGGUACUUCGACGUGGGUCACCGGUCCCAGAUCACUGGGGUCUGGCACUCCCUGGGCACUCUGUACACGACCUCCACUGACAAGACCCUGCGGAUACACGUUCCGACGGACCCGCCUCGCACUGUCUGUUCACAGACACACAACAACGUGCUGAACGGGAUCAGCGCCGAAGGCGACAUUGUAGUAGCUGCCUCCGGGGGCCUGUCCUUGGAAAUCUGGAGGCUCAAUGCCUGAAGGAGGCCUGGAUCCGCGGAGCCACGUCUUGCAGCUGUGGCCCUGGAGGGGGGUGCUGCCCCCGGCGCCCGUGUUCCCGCCUGGGGGGGAGGGGCCAGAGUUCCAGCCCCCGUUUGUCAUUCGUUUGUUCGUUGUUGUUUGGAAGAGGCCCGAGGAGCCAGGAGGUCAAAGCUUCACUCCCUGAGCUCGCCCUGGCCCUGCCAUUCGUUCCCAAAGCGGUUCCAGAGGGAUCAGAGCCCGGCCAGCCCUUCCCUGCUCGAUGCACUGACUUCGCUCUCUCUGGUUCCCGUUCUUCCACCCGCUGGGCUCCUUAGUUAUCACGCCCCGGCCUGCCUGCCUGCCAGGCGGUCUCUGCUACUUAUCGGUCUACCUCCCACCUGCUUCCCCACAGCGCAGGGCUCUUGCUGCUCCUUCAGAGCCAGGUCCCAGCGCGGGAGGGGACGGCCCUAAGGGCUCAGAACCAUCCAACCCGGCUCCGCGCAGCCUGGGGGCGCUCGCCGCAAGGGCUGACCAGCUCGAAACAGAGUCCAGAGCUGACGUGUAACUUACAGGGACGCAGUUGAGACGCACGUUCUAAUGUUGUUGAUUAAACUGUUCUGCCA